UGUGACAUGUAACCCAUCCACAUCUAACCAGCGGAACGGCAUCAACAAGCUUAUUAGAGCGAAAGAAACAGUAUUCAAAGAAGUCUCGCGCUUCGAUUGCAUUAUAACGCAAUAACCUGUUGCAUUGUAUGUGCAACAUUCAAUAUCUAUGCUAAGCUGAUUUGUUGCCGUAAAAAUGGUUCUUGUUCUGGAAUUUAUCGUAGGAUGCGGAGGAGCUCACCGACAGCUGGAAUGUAACGGGUUAUUAUGAGCGGGCUAACAUAGCUAGCUGCCUAUAGAGAUCUAUGAGGCUGAAAAAAUUAAUCACGAGCAUACAGCAGAUGCAUGCUUGGGUGUAAAUAGAAGUAUGCUAGGAUGAUUAAAAAUGUGUUCGGAUCAGGAUUUCUGGUGAGAACCGCUCAUGUCAUCUUGACAUGGGUUAUAACGUUGAUUCUCUUCCUCCACGACACCGACUUCCGCAAACAGGAGAAGGGAGAGCUCACACUUCCAGUUUUUUUUGUCCUGCUGGUGCUGUUGUCUGUGUUGCUGUACUUUGCUGUCUCGCUAAUGGAUCCCGGUUUUGUCCUAUCUGAUGACUGCGACUUGCAGUUCACACUUGGUAUCACAGAGGAGACACAGGAUAUGAUUCCUCAGACCACCAAGUCCCUACGGGUGUGGCGCUGUGGACACUGCUUGGUACAGCAACCCAUGAGAUCAAAACACUGCCAGACCUGUCAGCACUGUGUGCGUCGCUAUGAUCACCACUGCCCCUGGAUAGAGAACUGUGUGGGGGAAAGGAACCAUCGCUGGUUUGUGCUUUAUCUGGCUGUUCAGCUUAUUGUCUUACUGUGGGGACUGUACAUGGCCUGGUCGGGCUUCAGUCACGCCCCCACAUGGCAGUUGUGGUUGAGGACCAACGGUGUGCUCCUGGGAGCGGCAGCAGUGGUGGCUGUGUUAUCCUUGACAGUUCUUCUCCUCCUGGGGUCUCACCUGUACCUGGCAUCCCUAAAUACCACCACCUGGGAGUUCAUGUCUCGCCACAGAAUCUCUUACCUCAAGCACUGCGGUAUAGACGAAAACCCCUUUGACCGAGGAACCCUGCGCAACCUCUGGGGCUUCUUCUGCGUGUUGGAACCGGUGGUGUGGGAGCAUGUGUAUUUUAAGCAAGGCAAUGAUCCCAUUUAAUUCACAAUUCCACCUGGAAGUCAUAGCUACAGUUAGAAUAACCAAAUAACCAACUAGAUUAAAGUUGAUGUUUCAGUGGAAACUGUUCCAACUGCAUCUGCAAUCUAAAAGUUAGCCUAUACCCUCCUCUGAGUGACCCAUUCCAUUUUGAAAGUGAUUUUUAAGUGCAUGAACUUUGUAGUUACAGUGAUGUUUAACUAUUUUUGUAGGUCUUAUCAAAUAAGAUGGAAUGAUGAGUGUUUUUAUAACAGGUGUUUAAUGUUAAUCGAUACUUUCUCCAAAUAGUACUUUGACAAUUUUUCACAUUUGAAUAGCAAAAGCACAAAAUCACAGCUGUAAUGUGGAUUUCCAUUAAUGCAAUACAUUGUGAUAAUUACUCUAGUACUUAAUUUACUAUAUUUCUGCUCCCUCUGAAUAUCUUUCAAUUUUAUAUGCUAAUCAUUUGUAAUUAUCCUCUUCUCCCAUUUAUGAUACUUAAAACUAGCUGUUGACCAACAGUAAUAUAUCACCUUUUUUAUAAAAUGCCUAGCAUACAGUAGCUGCAGAUGGCAAGGUAUUGUUACAUCAACAUUGGUUUUGUGCAAAUAUUGCGUGUUAAUGAACUUGUGAAAUACUAUCAGUUUAUGUGUACAGUGUACAUUUAUGCUAGACCAUGUUUAUGCUUUUAAGAUCAAUUUCAGACAGGGUAAUGAGAAGUUCUUGUGAAAUAAUUUUCUAUUGCACUUUCUACAUCAGUAGUUAAAUUUCAAUGUGCUUGUAAUGUGAUUUUAUACAAGAUGAAAACUACCUAUUUUGCAUUUACUAAAAACAUUAUCUCAGUUCCACUCGCUGAACAGAUUGACACUGCAAAUAGAGAAAUCAGCAUAUUAAAAGAAUAAAACUGAAUUUUGAAUACAAAACAUAAGCAGUGCAGUAAUGCUCAACAUUACAGAAAUUGCAGUAUUUGUUUUCUUAGAUGCAAAACUUAUUUUUAUAUAAAAAAAAAGGCCUUUCCCAUUACAUAUCAGAAUCUUAGAGAGAAAAAUGAAUGUGAUAUUCCUUUGAAUGUUUGAUGCCAGUGCAGGAAAAUAAAUGUUUUUGGUAAUUGAGUACAGUGCUGUCCAUAUAGUGUAGGGCUGGACGAUAUCGUAGAAAUAUUGCGAUAUCCGAUUAGAUCGUCAACCCCUCAGCUGAGGGUCUGUGAAUUUUUUUGCUUUAUUGAUUUUGCUUAAAUUUAAUUCAUUUAUUGAAACACAAAAAACAUAAAAAAAAAAUAAUAAUAAUAAUAAAAAAAGACAUUUCUAAAUUCAAAUUGCACUUUAAACGAAAAAAAGCAAUUAAAAUAAAGUGGUCAAAAAAAUCUUAUUUAACCACCUCCCCAAAUACAAACAUUUACCAUCUCAAACAGCUCCAUUUGCCAUCACGCAAGCAUCCGUCAACGACAACAGGUGGAAAAUUACAAAUAACCUACAGAUUAAGAACUAAAGACAAUUAUAAAUGUGAAGAUAAUAAUAAUAAUCAAAAUAAUAAAGCCUAAUAAAUUCCCUUGUGUUCCCAAAAUAAUGCUGCCAAAUUUGUGUACUUAUCGAUUAUCAAAUUUGUGUAUUGCAUUUUGGUAAUACAGUUAAUGCUGCCUAAAGAAAAUAAAAUAAAACUACAUUUUAAGUUCAAAGUGAACGUGUCUUGUAUUAUUUUAUCAUUUAAUCACUUCCGUCUUUGUUUCUUUAAAACAAAGAUAUAUUACUGAACCUGCAGAGUUGCAUUCACAAUGCAUGCUAAAAAAAUAAAAAUAAAGUGAACUAAAUUCACAGCACCUCCUGAGAUGAUCGGAGAUCAUUUGCAGCAUUCUCAUAGAUGACAUUAUUCUUGCAAACAGUUUUCAGAUGAAUAAAAGAGAAAAAAAGACUGAUAACUCUUGCCUGUUCCACGCGACAGACUCAUGCUGCACGCCUCUGAACACACAGCGAAUCAGACACGAGCAUUGAUGGCUUUUCUUUUGUCUGUUCUUAAAAAUAUAAUAAAGUGUGUUUCUUCAAGUGCAUGUCUUUGUGACUAACAGCAUUUCUUUUCGUGUGUCACUCCGAGACGUCCUGCAGCCUGUUAGAUGAGGAAAAUUACCCGCACAUGAAAUACCUGCAUUUGGACGAGGAGCUUGCGAACUGGAUUCCGCCUCGUCGCAUUUGGCAGGUGGCGGGUGCUGUUUCACACCCUGGCCACUGAUUAAUAUAUUUGCCGACUUCCCAGAUCCAUGGUUUUGCCAUUUCCAGAUAUUGUCCAUCAUCGUCUGUUCACAAUAUGCAUCGGGAUCUUUUUAAGACAUCGACGAUAUCCGAUAACAUCGUCCUAUCGCCCAGCCCUAUAGUGUGGUUCUUUUUACAGAACAAAGUUAGAAUGUCCUCAGCACAAUAUAUAAAGCAAUAAGCUUUAUACUUUUUAAUUUUUAUUAAAUCGCUUCUAUAAAAUUUUUGUUUUUUAAUGUAUCAAUAUCAAUGCUGAAAUUUCAUGUAUGAUUUGUGCACGCU